AUGAGACAGGGCACAUCACUGCUCCCUCUCAGAGCGCUCUCCUGCGCUCUGGCUGUCUCUCUGUCACCCUGUGCUGCUGUGAUUCACUAUGUACCUCAUGCCUCACCUCAGCUCUGCACACCUGGCAGCUCCCAGGGCAGGUGACACUAAACUCUGAAGAUUGAAGGGAGAGCCCACUAUCGUGGCUAAAAGAGGAACAUGCUCCUCUAGAUCAACAGGAAAGGAAUUGGUAUCUUUGAAGACAUAGAACCACUGACAUAUUUAUGUGACCCUUGUUUGCUGUCCUUUGUCUUCCUGUCAUUGUGUGCAUGAACUACAACUACCAGGUUUUUAUCGCUGCAUAAUGAUUAUCUUCUAAUACAAUCUCCUGCCUGGGGUGAGUCCUCGGGAGCCUGGAAUGAAACAUCCUAUGGACGUCUUACCUCUGGUUAUAAACUCCUAAGACCCUUCUUCGCAACCAUGACAGACAGUUUGGAACCUUCUACUUGAAACUCGGCCUUCAAUUUGACUAUUCCCCAAAUUUAACCCUCUUUAUUCCUCUGCUGUAAGGAUGUCAGCAAUCGAUGAGCUACCUCCACCAAGGGCCCGACCCAACCAAGACCAGAUACAGGAUGACGCUUUGGAGGAACACACGGAACUUUGGUGGUCUAGGGAGCCGGUCAAGUCGAUACUGUGCUACUGCUUGGCGGUGGUCCUGAUCCUGGCAAGUGGGGUCGGUGGCAUUGUGCUUCUCUCCACCACCACCAGUCGAUCGGGAGAAUGGAGACUGGGUGUUGGUUCAACUCUCUGUAUACUUGCUCUACUGAUUUUGCUCAAGCAACUUCUCAGCUCAGCUAUCCAGGACAUGAACUGCGUGAGCAGACGUGAGCAAAUCAAUAUGCUGAAGAGUGGCGGCCUAUCGGAUAUAAUAGUUUUCCUUGUCAGCUCCAUCAUUAUCUUGAUAUGUGGAAUUGUCCUUCUGGUUAUUUCCAUCUCAGGAGAAGCUCCAGGCUACCCUCCCAUACUGGUCACCAUGCACACUGUGGGGGUCUCCUUGGUGGUUGUGGGAGUGGUCAUCCUUGUUGGUGUUUUAAUAUUUGUACUAGUGAUGUUGUGUAGGUCUUGUGCCACCAGCCGCUUCCAUCCUAGGAACAUGAGUAUAUUCUCCAUCUCUGGGCAGCUGUACCAGAGACAGAGCACCACCUCCAGCCUGGCCAACCUCAUCUAAGUCCAUCUUGCACCAGCAGAGUUGAGCUCUUCUGCAUCUUAACACAUUCUGUAGACCUGAGCCAAAAUUAGCUUGAUCAGUGGGACCUACAAGCUAUGUCAUGGAGAAACGCAACUCCCAUCCAACUAGAAUCUCUGAUCCAGGGUUAUUUACUUGAAGUGGACAUUUCUUUGUAGCAUAAAAUGCUAUUAAUAACAAGACAACAGUUCUGAGUACAUUGUACAUCUGUAACAUUUAUCCGCUUUAAUUUCUUACAACAAUCAGAAAAACAAUUAUGAGAAUUUCAAUUCUCCCAACAGCAGAGUCACUUAAUUUGCAGAUCUGUAUAAGGUAGGCCAGUAAGUCUCACUUAGGAGAAUCAGGUUCAUCUGAGGUCAGUAUGGACAGUCCGAUAUACCACUGGGAAUGUGAUAGCUGAAGUUAAAUGAAUGACAGCAUAUAGACAUUCCUGGUAAUUGCAAAACAUUUCCUUUCAUAUACAUCUUAUCAGUGUUUCUCAACCCUAACAGUGCAUAUUUUCCAUAUCUUCUUACUGGUGCACAGGUGUAUCCAUUACUGACUGACACAUUUUAAAUCUAAAGGUGGUGCUAAUUGUUCUACUUGUGAGUCUGCGGGGAGACCUGGAAAACAUGAACUGUUAGAGCGGCCCAAGACUGGAGUUGGGAAACACUCUCUAAUAUUAUAGAGAUUUAAUAUAUUGAUUCAUAAAUAUGCCCUCUAUGGUAAUAAUAAAAAGAGCCUAUUGCUCCCUGAAGCUGAAAAAUAACAAUACCUCUCUAACAUUAAGCCUUAAAAGUCAUUCUAUGUAAAAUAAGAACCUACCUGACUUUUCUUUCGCUCAGUAUUAGAUCACAUUUAGCAGCUCCUCCCCCCUAAAUAUUAACAAUGGUUUUUAUGGAAACUGCAGUGGUAGCAAUCUACAAAAUGCCCCAAUGCCGCUAUUCUUGGUGUAGGAAACUCCAGUGAUGUAGUCCACGCUGAGAGUCCACUGUAAGCCUUGAGGAGCCAAAACGGAAGCUGCAUCAAGCCCUGGAGAGAGAUAAAGUGGAGUAGUUGCCCAAAGCAAACACUGCGCAAGAUAAAUGAUAACUAGAAGCUCAAUGGUUUCUAUGGGCAACUGCUCCACUUGAUCUGUCUCCAGGACUUGAUACGUCUGCCCCAUAAGCUGUUGGAUGCAUAGAAACAUAGAACUGUAAGACAGAACAUGACGAUUCCAUCUAAUCUGCCCAUGUGUCUUCCUACUAGCACCUCAUCCUAUACAGCUAUGGGGGAGAUUUAUGGAAACCUUCUAAAGAGGACAAGUGAAGGUUUUGCCCAUAGUAACCAAUCGGAUUCUAGCUAUCAAUUAUAUAGUACAUACUACAAGAUGAUAGCUAGAAUCUAAUUGGGUGCUCUGAGCAACACCCCUAGUAGUCCACUUUAGAAGGUUUAAUAAAUCUCUCCCCAGGUACCCUACCUGCUCGUUACCUUCAUGUCAUCUGAUACUAGAACUCUGAGGUCCCUUUCUCUGUUGUUGUGGGUGUUAUUCUACCCAGGGGCGUUUUAACAGAAGAGGGGGCCCCUGUGCAAACUCCAGGUGGACCUGGCGGGCCCACACCGCACACACUGCACAUUGAAUACCUCCUCUGUAUUCUUCUCUGGCAUUGUGCCAAAGUCUACUGCACAUGCACAGGUCUCCGGAAACAUGGCGCCUGCCAUGUUCCAGAGACCAAUUUCACUACUGUUCAUGCACGGCGGCCAUUUUGGGUGAGAUUUUCACUGCGGCUGCAGUGCGCAAUGCUGGACUCCGGAAAGGUAAGUAUUCAAAUAUGGGUGCAGUGUGUGCGGUGUGGGCCCGCCUGGACCCAGGGGCCCGUGUGCACCCAUAUUGCAUACAUUAUAAAAACGCCAGUGAUACUACCGUUUAUUUUGUAUAUUCCACACUUUCUUUCAUUCCCCUUUUUUUCUUUUAUGUUUCCAAAGUCACUGAUGGUUUUAAUUACUCAUUUCUUACAAGAUCUGAUGUAUUCCUCAGAUAAUGUUCACUAACCGGUCAUACAUUGGGAGUCAGUCUAUCCUAAUAGCCACACGUCAAUAAUCACACAGUCCAGACAUAACAUAAUUACUCAGCAGGAACUGCAAAAAAUAUACACUCAGCUGUCCUGAAAACAACACUAAAUCUAACAGUGAGCCGUAAAGAAAAUCAAAAACAGUCAGCAAACAAAUGUUACAGUAUCUAACAUAUACAACCAGGGUCGGACUGGCCCACAGGGGUACAGGGGAAACCACCGGUGGGCCCCACUGCCUGGGGGGCCCUCCUCCUCCUCUAGUGAUAAGGUUCCAGACUGUGUUCUUGAAUUAUACAUUAUACAUAUGUUACCUUAUACUGCACAGGACUAUGGUGUAUUCUCUACAGUGCAUUGCCAAUAUUUAUCUGGUACAUUAUAUCAUGCACGCACCAUCAGUAUUUAUAUAUUUGUCAAGGGGCCCAGCUCAUGCACUCACUAAUGGUUCGGCAAACCAAUGUAGUGACUGACCAGACCCCUAAACAUGGGCCCCUACCACGGCAUUCCCUGGUGGGCCCUUCAUCCCCCAGUCCGACACUGUAUAUAACACUUUCUUAUUGACUUUCAUUAUCUCCUCUCCUGGAGAAUCCCAAGGAGGAGAUGCAGGCGAGAGCGGAUGGGGCUGGAACCUAACUAUGGGGCUGAUUUAUCAACAAAUUUUAUCAUACACAACGAGUAUUAAAACCUGUUGCAUUACAUAUGAUAAAUGCUGCUCCAGCCAAUCAGCCCCCAACUGUCAUGUGUUUAAAAAAAAAAAAAAAAAAAAGACAGUUGGAAGCUGAUUGGCUGGAGCACCACUUAUCAUGCGUUACCAGUUUGAAAACUCAUUGCGUAUGAUAAAACUCAUUAAUAAUUCAGCCUCUACAAUGCUGUAAAUCUGGCAUCUAACAAGAGGUGGCAGGGCUAAAUGAUCCAAUUAUCAUAGAAUUACAUCAUAUUGCCCCCGCCCUCCCCCCGCAGACUGCGAUUCCAGACAUUAUUCUACCCUACGGCUUUUUCAUUAGAAAGUGGGUGGGAUGUGGCAGAACCACUCUUCUGGGAUCUUGGAGCUCCAUGAAACUUCUUGAGUCUUUCGGAGGUUCCAAGAGAGUAGGAAUGCAUGAUACAACAACAGGAUGAAGUGGUCAAUUCUGAGCUGGGAGCAAAACAGAAAAGGAGUAACUUAUCACCUUGACAGACUGUGCUGCAUUACAAGGGGUACAAUUACUUUUAUUGUUUUUGCACGCAGGGCAAAUACUGGCUGAUUUUGCAUGUAGCCCACAAACAGUGCUGAACAGGGCUCUAUGCUGUCCUGUGACGGUCCCGCCCACUAAGCGCAUAAUGCCAUGAUGUCACACUCAGGGGGCAAGGGCCACCAAGAACCAUGAUAUGCAUUGGAGGACGCUCCGAGCGGCUGUGCAGAUGGCAGGCUGAGAAUCCACAGGACACUGUGGGGGGCACUGCUGCGCUGAUACUGCACUCUGAGCUUGUGGGCAGGGCCUUCUUACCUUCGCGCAUUUGCGUUAAUAGCCAGCCUCAUUAUACUACUGUGCUUGUCUCCAUUGUACUGCACUACAGAAUAUGCUAGCACCAUAUGAACACAUUAAUACUAGUAAAAAUCCAGAGCAAUAUAUUUUUUUAAAUCUAUGCAUCCCUGUUCUCAUUGCACUUCCAUUGUAAUUGCUCCCUAAAAUUACUGUAAUAGAAACUGUGUCUUUCUCAACGGUUCCCAAACUUUUUUGAAUCACUGCGCUCUAGAGUAUCAGAAUUUUUGUCACGGCACCGCUAGGCCUAAAAUAUCUUACUGAGAAAUUCAGAAAAGAUAUGAAAUUAAAUAAAUUGUGUUUAUGUCAUCCUUAGGGUCAGUUAUGUGGUGAAGAACCGGCUUCACUUCUGUUUGUCCACAUAUUUUAUGAUUGGACACUGGUUCUGACUAUUACAUGAUGAUGAACACCAUAAAUAGUUUUAAAUUGGUCCUGGACCACCAACCCAGAGCACCCAUGCAAGUGUUCCGAGGCCCCCCAGGGUACCACGGCACCAGUUUGGGAACCACUGGUCUAACUAUCAACAACUGUAAUAAAACUGUUUCGUGCCAUCAACAACUGUAAUUUAAAUUGUACCUAACCAACAAUAACUGUAAUAGAAUCUGUACCUAACCACGGAUAAAACACCCAGAUAGGACACUCGUUUAUAUAAAUGACCCCUCAGGCCCAGAGUUUUAAAUACAUAUUAUUUUUUCAUUUUAGACUGUCGCGUGAGAACUCCUCAGCUGAUCUUUAGGUUAUUUACCGGAAAGUGAAUAAACUUUUUAUAGGCUGAAUCCGGGACACUUAUGUUUAGAAAACUAAAUAUAGAAAUGAUCUGUAAAGUAAGGUUAUUUAUAUUUUUCAUACUCGUUCAUUUUAUCCAAAGACAAACAACUUUGCAAUAAUGUUAUCACUUUAGGUAUAUAUAGAUAGUGCCUGCGUAUGUUUCCGUUAUCUGCAUUAUACGGUCGGCUUCCAGAGUCCUUGGGGACUUCAGUAUUCAGCAUUGUAGGGUGGUUUGUGCAGCAUACUUUUUGUUGAUGACAUCAUAUAUUUCCAUUUCCGACUCUGCCCACCUAUGACAGUUACGUGUGUCCUCUAGACCCUCUGGUCGCAACUUACUGUCACAGAGGAACCAUUUGUGUCUUUAACAGUGUCUGUCUAGGGCAUGAAGGGCUCACCGGGGGAGAGGGGGGGGGGGCAAUUAUAGGGGCCCAUACUUAAGGGUGUGGCCAUUCUACAAAGGGGGUGUGGCCAGCCUCCACAGAGGCUUGAAAUACACAGAUUAGUGCAGUGUAAUGCAACAUAUCCACCAUGUAUAAUACAAGUGCACAGUCUGGAACCUGAUCCCUAGAGGAAGGAGUGGGCCCUCAGGCAGUGGGGCGUACCAGUGAUUUCCCUGGUACCCCUGUGGGCCAGUCCGACCCUGGUCUUUAUUUAAAGAGGACAUCCGUUUCCUAACAAUUAUUCAAAUCCUUCGCUCUCCAGUAGUUAAACGUUGAGGUUGGAGAAUAUAAUGUAUGUGGGUAAGGAAUACAAGGGGUCAUUUAUUUUACAUAUCUGGCAUGGUUUUACCACUUUCUUGGAUGGUAGAAUUUGGAAAAUAAACAAUAGGAUACUUUAAUUCUCUUCUAAAAGUAUGUGGAAUGACAAAACAAAGUUGAAGUUUUCGUAGUUUGUCCAACAUUCUAGUCAGUUGCAAGGAACUUUUUAUAAAGCACUUGUACUUCUGCCCUGCAAAAGCUCCACUGACGGGAAAAGAUUUCUUUUUAUACUGCUAGAACAGCUGCUUAAUCUGCCCCUUACCUCUCAUUUGCACAUAAUGACACAGCGGUAUUGGGUUUACAUGAAAGGAAAAUAUAAAGGACAGGAAUACUGUUAGAUCAAAAACAUUAUUAAUGCUCACAGAUCUCCCAAGAUAUAUUCCUACAUCAAUAGAAAAUGAAACACUCACUGAUGAAAUUAAAAUGAAUCAACUGUGAACACCUCCUUUAUUUCCCAUAAUCAUGGGGUAAAUGUAUCAAGUCCUAAGGAGUGGAGAAGUGGACAGUUGGAGAUGUUGCCCCUAGCAAAUAAUAAGCUUUUUAGGUAGCAUUUAUCAAGUCCAUGUUAUAAAAUGAUAGGUAGCAGCUGUAGGCACGGCUGCCAACAGGGGGGGACUGCUGGGACAGCAGCCCCGGUCCUGGAUACUUUGAUGCAGAAGGGAGGCCCAGUCUGCUCUUUCAGCUGCCUGUCUGCCAGUGCUACUGCCAGUGCUGCAUGAAUUUGAUGGGGGCCCUGGUCCUGCAGAGAGUGAGUGUGCAUGGCUUGAGACAGUGGCGGGGAAGCCCUGUCUAUUUUGUCAGUCUCGGGCCCCACAAUUUCUGAUGGCAGCCCUGGCUGUAGGCAACUUCUCCACUUACCCACUUGUGCUCUCUUUAGAAGGCUCGCUACCUCUCCCAUAAUAAUCUAAUCAUAUUCGAUACAUAACGACUAUACAUAACUGCAUCUUUAUGUACUGUUAGGCGAUUGGCUUCCUGUGUGUAAAUGAAUAAUAAUAAUGCAAGUCCUGAGCGGGGGGAUAAAUCAGUACACAGUGUAUUAUCACAGAGAAUGCAAUGUAACAUGAAACGUCACUAUCUUGAUGCAUCUGAGAUGCUCAUAUUUUAAUAAGACAUGGUACAAAAUAUAUUUUUUCACUACAAAUGAAUGAUGAUUAUUUAAUGAGAAGCUAAUAUAUUACAGAUUUCCGAAUGACACAUUAAUAAAGAUGCGUUUACAAUUU